AUUUCUCUUCUUCUUUACUUCAUUUCCCCCUUUUUGUCGGUCUCGCUUGUAAUUAGAUAUUAUGUCCUUCCGCCACCUCCUACUUCGCUCUCUUCGCCGCGGCGCCUCCGAUCGCUACCGCCCCCAUUUUCUCUCUGCCCUUUCUAUUCCAUCCCGCCCCUUCGCCUUCUCAUCUGUCGAGGAGGCCGCCGCCGAGCGCCGCCGUCUCAAGCGCCGCCUUCGCAUCGAACCCCCAAUCCACCGCCCAAAUGCCCCUCGCCCACCCCGAGACCCCAACGCCCCCCGCCUUCCGGACUCCACCUCCUCUCUCGUCGGCCCGCGCCUCAACCUCCACAACCGCGUCCAGGCUUUCAUCCGCAGAGGCGAUCACGACGGCGCCUCCUCCACCACUCGUCAUGCCGUUUUCUCCUCAGUCCGCCCCACGGUCUUCACCUGCAACGCCGUCCUCGCUUCCAUGCUCCGCACAGACCGCUUCGACGACGUCGUUGCCCUCUUCACCUUCUUCUUCACCCAAUCCAACAUCGUUCCCAACGUCGUCUCCUACAAUAUUCUGAUUAACUCCCACUGCAACGCCGGUCGUGUUGAUGUCGCCCUCGACGUCUACCGCCACAUCCUGGACAGCGCUCCCUUUUCCCCCUCCUAUGCCACCUAUCGCCAUCUCACCAAGGGCCUUGUUGACGCUGACCGCAUCCAGGAGGCCGUGGACCUCCUCCGAGAGAUGCUUAACCGCGGCCAUGCCGCUGACUCCAUCGUCUACAACAUUCUCAUGGCCGGCUUCAUUGAGCGCGGCAACAUGGAGAAGGCUCUCGAUCUAUUCGAUGAGCUCCGGGAGCGCUGUCUGGUCUAUGAUGGUGUCGUACAUUCGACUUUGAUGGAGGCCUACUUCAAGCGUGGAAUGGACGAGGACGCCAUGGCGUCGUAUCAGUCGUUGCUUGACCGGCAGUUCAAGAUGACCCCCGCCACCUGCAACACCCUCAUUGAGACCUUGCUGAGACACGGAAAGCUGACUGAGGCAGAAAAGAUGUUUGAGAAUAUGCUAGACAACCACAACCCUCCUUUCUUCUUUGCGAUUAACACAGACACUUAUAACCUGAUGGUGAACCAGCGUUUCAAGGAAGGGAAGUUCAUGGAGGCCAUCGACACAUUCCACCGGCAGCCCGUGAAGCCAUGUAUCAUGGACGUUGGUUGCUUCAAUAAUAUCGUUGGGAAGCUCUGCGAGAAUGGGAUGCUUCCGGAAGCAGAGAAGUUGUUCGGAGAAAUGCCUGAGAAGUCAGUUGACCCUGAUGCAACGACUUAUGGAUUUCUAGUUGAUGCCUGUUUCAAGGGUGGGAGGACGGAUAAUGCUGUUGAGUACUUUGAGAAGAUGAGUAAAAGCAGUAUAGAAAGCUUCAGAGUUGAUGUGGACUUCUACAACAUGGUGUUCAAUGGACUGGUGAAGGCAGGAAGGAUCAGUCAAGCAGUGGAGAUUUUUGAGAAGAUGUGGGAGAAAGGGAGCAGACCAAAUCUGUCGAGUUAUGAGGUUUUGGUUACUGCACUGUGUAACGCAGGAAAUCUCGACAGAGGACGAGAGCUGUUCGAACAGAUGCUACAAAGCGGCAUAAUUGCUACCCCUGGAUUUAGUGUUUUCCUAUUGGAUGCCUUUGGAAAAGCAGGACGUGGCCACGAAAUAGAAGAGCUACUCACCGGCAAUGUGGCAUCUCAAGCACACCAGGUAGCAGUAUGAACUAAGACAUUUCUAUACCACUUACAAAUCAAAGGAGCAUUUGUCAUUUAAAUUAUGGGGGGAGAGGGGAUUUCAGCUGAAGGUACUUCUAUAAAAAUACUUGAAUUUAAUCAGAGUAGUCCCUUUCUGUGGAUCUAUAGUCUUUUAGAUCUGUCUGGUGGUAACUCUGCCGCUUUGAUCAUGAACUUAAAAUCUACUGAUCUUAGUUAUUCAAUACAAGUUGCAUAACGUUUUUUU